GAGGCCAUAUCGUUUUGGCCGGGUGAGAGAGGUAUUUUGAAGCUAAGUGCCACGGCCUUUGCGAAGAUGUGCAAUCUUAGAUUCAUCGAAGUAUGUGCAAUGCCGAACAAAGUGCUCCUUCCUGAGAACUUUGAAUUUUGUGCACAAGCACUAAGAUGUCUUUACUGGGAUUAUUAUCCUCUGGAAUCUUUGCCAUUAAAUUUUUGGCCAAAGAAUCUUGUAGAACUUCACAUGCCUUCUAGCAAUCUCAUACAACUGUGGAAUGGAGGAGAUAAGCCUCUUGGAAGUUUGAAAUUGAUGGACCUUAGCGACUCUUGUAACCUGAUCAGGAUUCCGGACUUGUCAAGUAUUGCCCCAAAUCUCGAGUUUUUAUAUUUAAAUGGCUGUAAGAGUUUGGUUGAAAUUCCCUCUCUUCAAAAUCUAAGUAAUCUUGUAGAACUUCGAAUGCGUGGGAGCAAACUCAUACAACUGUGGAAUGGAGGAGAUAAGGUACAGUUUAUAAAUUUUAGAUACAUUUUAUAGAAGUUAAUUUGUAUCUUCUAAUUUAUUGAUAUUUUUCUAUUUAAUUACAGCCUCUUGGAAAUUUGAAAU